AUGCAAGCAAGAGUUGAAAGAAAACGUGAACAACAACAACAAGAAACUGUGCUUGAAACUGCAAUGGAAGUAAACGAAAUUGGUAAUCAAAUGAUCAACAUGGCACAGGAUAAACAAAUGGUGGAAAUUCCAUCAAAUGACAUCAUUCCUCAGUCUAAUUCAAAGAAGCGUAAACGCAAUGUACCGACUAAAAUUGACAGACAUUUAAGUAAAUCAUUGAGUCGAUUAUCGAUUGCACAAGGAUGUUCCAAGAAGACGAAGAAAAAUGUUGCAUCAAAUAAUGUUUUAACAAAAAUGAUCCAUGAACUGAAUGGUCAGCCAAAAAUAUCAACAAAAAAUUUAAAGUCUACUUUCGUACCUCAAUAUUUGACAGUAUCCAAUCGGAAAUUUAAAGAAAUGUUAUCAAAAGUAGUUCACGAUGGCCAUCAAAUUUAUGAGUGGCUAGACAGUGAUCAAAAGUUAAAAUCCACACGUGAAUUAGCUCAUAUCUUUAACUUGAUGAAUUAUUUAACAUUACAACAACAACUAUGGCAAGAUUAUUUUGAUAUCGGUAUGAACGAUGGUGUUUGGGCUCCACGAGUAUCGAAGUCAAAAGCUAAAGAACAUAAUACAUGUGUAUCAUAUGGUCGAUCAGAGAAAUUUGUUGAACAACGUCAAAAAACAAUUCAACAUCAAUUGAAUCGCACUGAUCACCAAUUACAACAACAUCUCACUCAAUUACCAGAAUGGACAGAAAAAGUUCAACCUUCCAUUGAUUCAACAUUUCUCUCAAAUGCCAUUCAAGCAAUGGUAAAAAAUGGUCUCUAUCGCUUAAAUGCUCAAUUCAAACAUAAACAAGCCAUGUUAAAAUUCGAUGCUGAUGAUCAUCGCUUGAUUGCGGCCGUCUAUGACUUGAAACCAACUGAAGAACAGGUCGGUGUCUAUAGCAUAGAUUCAUUAUCUUCAAUCGAAAUUAAUGAAAUUGAUUGUUUGACAUUUCAGGUUGCGCUCCUAAAAAUAUAUUGGCAAGCCGUUGCAGAUGAACAGAAAGCACUCGCGGAACUGGAGGUACUUCGAAAACGAGUGUCAUUAAGACAACUUCCUAAAUCAUUUGAUAAAAUUCUUAAUCAAUCCAUUGCGUCUAUUCAAACAAUGCUCUCACGUCCUAUUCUUAAUAAAGAUCGACGUGCUAGUAUGGCAUCACGUUAUUCAAAAACAAUUACACAAUAUAAAUUUGAUAUGAUGGCUAUGACCAUUGCUAUAGCUCAAGAUACGGCUCGUGGUCACGCUCAAUUGGCAGUCGAUACGAAAAAUAAAUUACGACUACUCGACGGUGAUCAAAUACGAUCUUCUACUGAAUUACUCAUCAACUCCAUGGAAACUCGUGCAGAAAAUAUGAAAAAACGUGCACAAGAAUUACUUCAAUAUAAAUUGAUGUCUUUUUUUCGAGCAGGCUCCGUCGGUGGACAACGACAAAGGCAACGCAUCCGCCGGAGCAAUCUAAGCAUUUAUACAAACAUCACUGCCUCAUCACCUUUCAUCGAAACUGAUUUAAAUCUAUCGCUAAUACAAAUGUCCAUGCUUAUCAAAGGUCUUAAAUAUAUUCCACCAUGUCAAAGUCGAUUCUCACGUCAAUCUAUUGAUGCUAUUGUCAAUGAACAAUACAAGACGUUACGUACCAUUGUCCAAGGUUGUCUUGAUGAUCAUCGCAUGCAACUUGUCGAACCACGUGAAAAAGAAGGCUUUCCAUCCUUGAAACGAAUCCUCUAUGAACUUCAAUCCAAAAAAUUACCAUGUAAGCUAGAAAUUCGUGCUCGACGUGAACGCAAAGUAGUACAAAGUAUUAUAAACAUUUUACGUCAACGCCCCGACAUUACUGUUCGUCGAACUGACAAAAGCAAAGUAUUUUAUGUAGGUAAUGCUACAGUUUUUGCCGAGAAAGCAUCAAAAUAUAUGAUCGAAACAAAAGCUUAUCAGGAGAUCUCGAACGAACAUUGUAUUUUAUCGGAAAGUCAUCACUUGGUUACUACUCUUCUAGUUUCUCUUUUAAAAAAGGGUGCUAUUAAUCAAGAGCAACAUAAGAACAUGUCUCCAAAAACAGAUACAUUAGAAUUGGCACAUCUUCAUUUUAUCCCAAAACCACAUAAACCUGAUACACCAUUACGACCAAUUGUAGCAGCUAUUCAUGCACCAGCAACAGAAGUGUCCAAAUUUCUUAAUGAUCUAUUAGCCCCUGUAUUUCUACGUGUUGCACGAAAGACCACUUUUAUUAACGGUAUUGAUCUUGUUCGAACAUUAGAAAAAUAUGUUGCCGAUGGUCAUUUAAAACCAACGACCUUGUUUAUCACUUUUGAUGUUGAAAAUCUGUAUACAAUGAUCCCACGGCAAGGUGCUUUAGAGGCAUUAAUGCAAUUUCUCGAACGACAUUUACACAAUAAGAAAAUUGGAACAUUGCGCAUUGAUGAUAUUAUGAGAAUGGCUCGUCUCGUAUUGGAUACAAAUAUUUUUGCCUAUGAAAAUAAAUAUUAUCGACAAAUACGUGGUGGAGCUAUGGGAUCCGCCUUUACACAAACAUUAGCCAAUAUUUAUAUGUUAGAUUGGGAACAAAAAUUAAUACAAAAUCAAGAAGCAGACAAAGAAAUCUACGGACGGACUUCUGGGACACCCUUUAUUGAUGAUGUAUUCAUGACAACAAACCUAACAUUCGAUCAAGUUAAAGAAAGAUUAGAAAAUGCUCAUAGAAAAGAUACAAAUAUUCGAAUUUCAUAUUCCAUUCAAUCUACCAUCGACUUUCUCGAUGUCACAGUCAGCAAUGAUAAUGAUCAAUUGAAAACAACAAUCUUUCAUAAACCAGCCGCUGAACCCUAUAUACUACCUUACACAUCCGACCAUCCACGACAUGUUUAUCAUAAUAUACCAUACGCUGCUCUAUUGAGAGCGGCAAGAAUCUGCUCGAAUGUUGAAGAUUUUGACAUAGAAUGCAUUCGAAUUGAUCUAUCGAUAUUACUAAACGAGUAUCCACCUUCAUUUGUUUCUAAACAUUUUCACCGAUUCUUCCAAAUCAACCAGGCUAUGCCCGUACUAGAAAGGCUCGAUUCAGACGUGUACCACGAAAUACAUCAAAACUUACUUCAUAAACCAACAAGAAAAGAAAAACAACUACAAGAGACAAUCGAAGAUCUUGAUGCCUUACCUGAACCAUUACAGAAAAAAAUGCCUUGGGAUUCGAAUGUUAUGUAUGCAAAAUAUAACUUCGAAAGCGGACCAAGAUUAGCCUUUCAACCAGAAUUCCGUACUUGGUGGAAACAACAUUUCGGACAUACAGGUUCUAGUGUCGAACGUGUCCAAUUAAAGUUUGCCGUCAGAACUAAUCAUACUCUCGAAGAUAUGUUUGUGCACAAGAAACCUCCAACUCAUAUGCUAAAACGAAAACCCAAUCAAAUCGCACAACCAACAGCUAAUAACGAUAAUGCACUCAUCUGA